GGGCCCGCCCCUCCCGCUCGCGACCCUCGCAUGGCCCCUCCGCUGCGGUGCCUGUGGUAUAUGGCUGAUCGCGGCAGCCGGGACGGGCGUGUGCUGCUGCUGCUGCUGCUGUAUCUGUAUCUGAGCCUGCUGCUGUUGCGAGGCGCUGUUCACCGGCGUGUGCAGAUUCGCCGUGUGGUGGUGCUGCUGGGGAUAGUGCUGCUGCGAGUGGUUGGCCAUCCGCGCAGACCGCGGCAGGGCUUGUAUCUCGUCGUAGUCGGCCAUCUCUUGGUCCUCUUCUUCUCCGUCGUCGUCUCCAUCCUCCUCUCCCUCUUCCUCUUGAUCGUUGGACGACGACGGAGAGGAGGAGGACGAACAUGCCUGGUCCGACGAGGACUGCAGAAGCGCCGAGGCUUCGGGCGGGGACGACAGGCCGGCUGCUGGCAUCAGAUCGCUGUCGUCGCCCAGUGCUGCGCCGUUCGGGGGCGGGAUGCUGCCGCCGCGCGGGACGGGGGUGAAGUGGACGGCGGCAUUACGCUGGGGUUGUGGUGGUGGUGGUAGCUGAUGCUGCUGCUGCUGCUGCUGUUGUGGCGGCAGGGGAUGGUCGCGGUGGAGUUGUGGCUGCCGGUGAUGUCUCUGCUGACGCUGCUGGUGGG